AUGUCGGCGGAUCUGUUUGCAGACUGGAAAAAGGAAGAAGCGUCGGUCCCUGACGUCCGAAGCGGCGCUGGGGGCUCUGGAGGAGGCGCCUACGACGGCGCUCUGUACGCGGCUGGUGCUGUGACGAUUGACGGGAAUCCUGCUGGCGGCCGCAGCAGCAGCAACAACAAUGAUGACUUUGACUUUGAGACGGUCGGUGACGACGACGCGUCGAGGCUCACGAAGCCGGAGAAGCCCCUGUUUGAACUUCGGGAGCACGGUCUCAAGAUCUCCCGUCGCAAGGGGUUCACGCUGAGCUGCAUGGGCGUGGGCAAUGGCGUACUGGCCAUGGGUUCUCAAGAGGGCGUCCUUCUCCGCUGUACGACGGAAGCCACCGACAGCAACGGGACGAUCGAGGAAAUCAUGAUUGAGCCACGUGUAGCCAUGUCUAGUGUGUUCAUUGAUCCCACAGGAGCCCACGUGCUCGUGUCGAUGGAAAAUGGCUCCAAUUUUUACUUGCACACGGGAUCGACGCGUCCAAAGAAGCUUUUGAAGACCCAAGGAAUGCAGUUUACGAGCGUAGCGUGGGACCGCCAGUCUGGAUCGCCAGAAGCGUCGGAGCCUAUACUGAUUGGAACUACCUCGGGUGCAGUGUUUGAAGCAGCGUUUGAUGGAGGCAAGGAAAAAGCGGUGACCAAAGUGUUUCAGAUUGCCAACCAGGGAGCAAUUGCUGGCAUCGCUUUCGAGCACUGGCAUCUGCCAUCAGGAGAGAAGCGACACUAUGUCAUGCUCACGACGUCGGCAUCAGGAAAGAGACCGACGCGUGUGUUUCAGUUCAUGAGCGGAGGUCGAGGUGGCUUUGAAGCCAUGUUCCAAGAGUACACGAGUCCAGAUAAGCUACGUUUCCAGGAAAUGCCGGGGGACAUGACGACAGCAGAAUUGCGGUUUUAUGUCAAACAAAGCCGUGAACGCGCAAAAGGCUUUGGCGUACUAACGGCGAGGGAGUGUACCAUGGAGAUUUCGUUUUCGGGCUGUCGAGCACGAUGGAAAACGUGA